UGACAAAUAAAUUCUGACGAGAACCAAAUAGUCAAACCCAGACUAAAAUAAAAGUCAAAAUUGAAGAUUAUUGUUUAUAUCUGCCUUCUGCAGUAAUAAGCACACUGAGGCUGCAAAAACAAACAUCUGAAUCUAUCACACAAGGUAUUCAUCAUAUUUUAUUCUCAGUUGCAGUUUGUAGAGUUUAUUAUAUUAAUGUGUAUUAUAACGUUUAGGGUUUAGGGUAUCAUCCUAUAUCUAUAUUCGGAUGAAAUUUGAACAAAAAAGUUGCUAACUUUGGAUGUUUAAAUAAAACUUAUCAUUUUUAUGAACUGGGUCUUUAGUCUUUAAGGCUAUUCGAUCAUAAGUAUAAUAGAUAUAGGAUAAUGGAAUCAAAAGAAAGAAUUAUAGAUACACAAGAAAUACCAGAAAUAUGGAGUUGGGGAGCAGGUACAGAUGGACAAUUAGGAACUUGCAAGCUUCAAGAUGAAUACAUUCCCCAAUCUCUCCCAAUUCGCCAUUCGUUAACUCAUCUGUCGUGUGGCGGUGCUCAUGUCAUCGCCUUAACUCAUGGUAAAAAGGUGUUGACUUGGGGAAGAGGCUCGUCGGGUCAACUUGGUCAUGGGAAUUUACUCAAUAGCUUAGAACCGAAACUUGUGAAUGGUUUAGAUGGUUUGAAUAUAACUCAUGUCUCAGCUGGAUGGAGCCAUUCGGGUUUUGUUUCAGAAUGUGGACAACUUUUUACUUGUGGAGAUGGGUCAUUUGGUCAGCUUGGAUUGGGUGAUUAUGGGUCUCAAAGCUCUCCUGAAAAAGUCUCGCAUUUUGCAUUGAGGCAUGUUGAGCAAGUGGCGUGUGGGAUGCGUCAUUCGCUAGCCUUGUUGAAAGGUGAACAUGGAGACCAGGUAUAUGGUUUUGGAUCUGGGAAGCGUGGUCAACUAGGAAUAUCUAACGAGAAAGUCAAAUCUGUAAGUCUCCCGCAGAAUGUUUCUGGAUUGCAGGAGGUAAAUGUUAGUAGUAUCAGCGCAAAUGGAGAUCAUAGUGCAGUAUUAUCUGCUGAUGGACCUUUGUACACUUGGGGAAGAGGGUUCGGUGGUGCGCCAGAUGCUUGUUGCCCCAAUCGUGUGAAUUCAUCGUUAACAUUUACGCAGGCUGCCCUAGGUUGGAAUCAUGCUCUAAUUCUCACAGAUGAAGGGGAAGUUCUGAUGCUUGGCAGCCAUUAUGGGACUAAUAGCAAUCCUCAGGCGGAAAAGUUGGCCACGUAUGAGUUGAAUGAAGCCCAAAUAGUAAAAUUUCAUGGUUUGGAUGGGAUAAAAGUUGUGGGAGUUGCAUCAGGAUCAGAACAUUCUGUCCUUAGCACAGAAAAUGGAAUGGUAAUGACAUGGGGAUGGGGCGAACAUGGUCAACUUGGAUUAGGAGAUACCUCUGAUCAUACUUGUCCCCAGAGUGUAAGCAUAGCCAAAAACAAUGCCCACAAAUAUAUAACUACAAAAGUAUACUGUGGAAGUGGUUUCACAUAUGUUGUUCGGACCUGGAGGCUGGAGGACUAGCCAGACUUGAAAAAGUACGAGUUGGGCAGGACCUCGUAGGUCACUAGAUUUGUCCACAAAUACAUUUGGUGAAACUUGGAACUCAAUGGUAAGAAAGUGUCAAAUGAUUCAAGUUAUUUACGAUUAGCUGAAAAGAACAUUUGAGCUACAUACUUCUUUUGUAGCAAAUAGACUAAUUAAAUGUACAUGACAACAUGCAUAGCUAGGAGAUUACAAAUAUACUCAUGAGUUUUCUAAUAUGAUACUUAUUGCUAACUUUUUUCA